GGCGGUACGAGAUUCAAAUUCAGUAGUGGAGUUGAAAGAGGAGCAAGAGAAUUAGCUACUGUUCAUUUACCAUACUUGUCUCUCCCAAACCCAAACCCAAACCCAGAGCUAUAGAAACAGAAACUUCCAGAUCAGGACACUCCCCCUCAAGCAAAGCAAAGGACAGCCUCGUCAUUUCACUCGGAUCCCUCCACCUCUCUCUCUCUCUCUCUCUCUCUCGCUCUGCAACUUGAGAGAGCUAAGCUAACUCAUUACUGUGCUUUUUAAGACACUUGUAGAGGAAGAGAAAGAGAAGGCAAGCGCCUUUCUCUCUAUCUCUAAAUAUACUUUAGCCUUUUAUUUAUCUUUACUGUUCAAAUCAACUCGCAAUUCCUUUCUCUCCUUGCUUGCUUAACCAGGAAAGGCUACAAACCAUUGAUUAUAGCAAUAAUGGAGAGGAGCACUCCGGUCAGGAAACCACGCACUUCUACUGCAGAUCUGCUCACUUGGUCUGAAAAUCCGCCCGCUGAUUCCCCCUCCGUCGGCUCCGCCCCUCGCUCCGCUGCCCGCUCCCACCAGCCAUCCGAUGGGAUCAGUAAGGUAGUUUUUGGAGGUCAAGUUACAGAUGAGGAGUUUGAGAGCUUAAACAGAAGGAAACCUUGUUCAGGGUAUAAAAUGAAGGAGAUGACUGGCAGUCGAAUUUUUGCAGCCAAUGGAGAAGAUGAUACAUCCGAAUCUGGUGGUGGCAAUCCCACACCAAAUAACAGAACGGGACUACGCAUGUAUCAGCAAGCACUUUCUGGAAUCAGUCAUAUUUCAUUUGGAGAAGAAGAGGGUGUUUCACCCAAAAAGCCUACUACUUUGCCCGAGGUGGCAAAGCAACGAGAACUAAGUGGGACCUUAGAGAGUGAGGCAGAGAGAGAGGCCAGGUUGAAGAAGCAGCUUUCUGACGCCAAGUGCAAGGAGCUCAGUGGACAUGACAUUUUUGCACCUCCUCCAGAAAUUUUACCACGGCCAACUACAGUGCGGGCUUUGGCAUUGAAAGAAAGCAUUCAUUUGGGAGAACCUGCUCCACGCGAUGUACACACUUCCAUCAAAGUGUCUAACCCUGCUGGAGGUCAGAUGUCUAACGAGGAAUCCGGGAUGAAGACGGCAAAGAAAAUUUAUAACCAGAAAUUCAACGAGCUCUCAGGAAAUGACAUAUUCAAGGGCGAUGUUCCUCCAUCAUCUACCGAGAAACCUCUAAGUGUGGCGAAAUUGCGGGAGAUGAGCGGUAAUGACAUAUUUGCUGAUGGGAAGGUAGAGCAACGAGACUACCUAGGUGGUGUACGCAAGCCCCCAGGUGGAGAGAGCAGCAUUGCCUUGGUUUAACUUAUUAGGUCUAACUCUGUUACCUCAUCAGUCAUCACUGUGUCUGGUUUUGUUCUUUGCCAGUGGGGAUGUGUUAUUAUAUUAUUGACCUUGGAUUGUGGAUUUUGGGAUAUGUUUAGGCCUUAACAUGUUAUCCAUUACUGUGGACUGUUCUAAUUGGAUUUUGCAUGUCCA